AUGCGACUUUCAUUGGCUGCUUUGGCAGCAAUCAGUGUUUCGCUAGUUCAAGCCAUCACAAAACGGCAGUCAUUCGAAGACAAUAGUGCUGAGUAUGUUUUUCCUAUCGGCUCCCCGGGCUUCUACAAUGGGAACUCCAGUGCGGCAGUGACCAUCGAUCAACACUCCAUUCUCCUCGAUGGAAAACGCAUUAUGGUAUUCUCGGGGGAGCUUCACCCCUUCCGUCUCCCAGCACCUGAGCUGUGGUAUGACGUUUUACAAAAAUUCAAAGCAGCUGGAUUCAACGCGUUGUCUGCCUACUGGCACUGGGGUCUUUCUGCGCCAAACGCCAAUCAAGUCCGCUUCACAGAACACAAUGAUUUGACCAAGUUCUACACCGUCGCGAAGGAAGUUGGCAUACUAGUCAUCGUUCGGCCUGGACCGUAUGUAAACGCGGAAACGGCUGCAGGUGGCAUACCUGGUUGGGCAACAAACAUCCCAGGAUUAGCACGCACCAACCAAACAUUGUAUCGAGCCGCAUGGGAACCAUACGUCCGGGCUUUCGCGGAGGCCACUGCUCCCUUUCAGUACCCCGAUGGACCCGUUAUCGCCGUCCAAAGCGAGAAUGAAUAUCUGACCAGUGCGACCGCGCACAUCGCUGGUCUCAACGAACACAUGCAAGACAUCAUCAAUGUCCUUCGAGCUGGCGGAAUCACCAAAGUACCAACAAUUCACAACGACCGCAAUGCUGCGGGUCAAUAUGCGGGGCCUGGGCUAGGCAAGGUUGAUCUCUAUGGAAGCGACUCUUACCCGUUGGGCUUCGAUUGCGACAAACCAGAGGUUUGGUCUGAGCUGACUACUCAAUUGGACACCAGUCACCAGAGAUGGAACCCCGCUGAACCACUCGCGCUUUUUGAAUGGCAAGGUGGCGCGUUUUCGUACUGGAGCGGUCCCGGCUAUGAUCAGUGCUACCAGUUAGUCAACGAGCAAUUCGCCAACGUGUACUACAAGGUGAUCAUAGUAUUAUCGCUCAUUACCCAUCUCAUAAUUCGGUUCGCAGAACAACUACGCCUCUGGUGCCGCUUUGCAAAACCUGUACAUGACAUACGGCGGCACGAAUUGGGGGAAUAUGCAUUGUACGAGUACGUGGAUUUUCAUUGGACGUCAGCAGUUCCAAUCAUGCACUGUACAGCAAUAUACUCUAGCUACGACUAUGGAGCUGCUCUUGCAGAAGACAGGACACCGACCCCUAAAUUUGACGAGCUCAAACUGCAGGGCUAUUUCCUACAUGCCUCACCCGACUACCUUCUUGUCGGACGCGUUGGCAAUGGCACGGUCGGCCUCGGCACCGCCUACAGCACUUCCACAGACAUCUACACAACGAAUUUAGAGUCGCCUAAGACCGCCGUCAACUUUUAUAUCGUCCGCCAAAGGACAAAUACCAAAACUACCAACACAGACUUCAAGCUCAGUGUCAACACGACAUUGGAGGGCCGAAUUCUUAUCCCGAAGAACGGCAAUCUGACCUUGGCGGGAAGGGAAAGCAAGAUCAUUGUGACGAACUAUCCGUUCGGAAAGUCGAAAUUGGAGUACUCGACUGCCGAAGUCCUAACAUGGCAAACCUUUGAUUCCCUCGACACAAUUGUUCUGUACUCCCUCAAAGGACAGUAUGUCGAAAUUGCUGUUGAAGUUCCUCCCAAAGUUAAGGUAUCCCACACCGGCUCGACAACCAUAUCGGCCGUUACAACGGGAAAGACCGUUACAAUUUCCGGAUCACCCACCGGUCUUUCAGUGAUCACUUUCGGCAAUACUCGUGUCAUCGUCGGCGAUAAAGAGACAGUCUCCAGUGCUUGGGCUCCACGACUUAUGAGCACAGCAACUGCCAACCAUGCACACUACGAUCUGACGCCAGAAACUCCCUCGGUGCUGAUUUUUGGUCCAUAUCUUGUUCGUUCUGCAAAUGCACACGGGACAACUCUCCAGCUCACUGGAGAUUUGAAUGCGACGACCACUCUCGAUAUAUUUGCAUCGAAAAAAUUCAAUGCAAUUACCUGGAAUGGCGCUCCAGUCCAUGUUAGCCCCAGUGAUAUCGGCAGCUCACGAGGAACACUAAACUUCCCCGCGAAUCUUCCCAAGGCCAAAAUUCCGGUCCUCGCUGAUCUAAACUGGAAAUGCGCGGACUCUUUACCCGAGCUUCAACCUUCAUUUGAUGACAGCACCUGGACAUUGGCCAACAAGACUUCGACGCAAAGGCCCCAGCAACCAACAGGUGGAAAAUUUGUUCUAUAUGCCGGUGAAUAUGGAUAUCAUGCUGGACAAUGGGUUUGGCGCGGUCAUUUCACCGGUGCUGCCACUGGCGUCAAAUUAUCGAUUCAAGGCGGUUUCUCCUUUGGUUACUCCGCUUUUAUCAAUGGGCAUUUUUUGGGUUCCGGACAAGGCAGUUCGAUCUCACAGACUGGUGUGGAUUUGCUGUCCCCAACAUUUAACUUCACCGCUGACCAGUUGGUCGUUGGGGAUAAUGUCCUCACGAUCAUCCAUGACUCAACUGGGCUCAACGAGGACUAUAACAUCGACGAUGAACAUAAAACUCCUCGAGGGAUUCGUGGUUACCAGCUCUUGUCUGAAGAUAACAACGACUUUACCGAGUGGAGGCUCGCUGGAAAUGUCGGCGGGGAGAAUGCACCCGACUAUGUCCGUGGGCCAUAUAACGAGGCACGUGUUUUUCUCUCAACUUCAAUUUUUCGUAUGUUAAUAUAUCGACAGGGUGGAUAUUGGUUUGAACGGGUUGGCACUCAUCUUCCUGGCUACGAUGACUCCAAAUGGACCCCAUCGUGCUCGCCAUUAACGGGCAUCUCCAAAGCAGGUGUCACUGCAUAUAGGACCACAUUCACCCUCGACUUGCCACCAGGCACGGAUAUCCCGCUCGCCUUUGACUUUGCCUUGGACUCCACAGCACCAUAUCGGACGCUGAUAUAUGUCAAUGGAUGGCAAUUUGGUCGUUUCCUUUCAUCACUCGGACCGCAAGUCAGCUAUCCAAUACCAGAGGGAAUCAUCAACCAUCACGGCAAGAAUGAGGUUCUUGUCACUCUCUGGGCAUUAAAUGCAAGCGGCGCCAAACUCUCGAAGCUCCAGCUGAAUAAACGGGCAACUUUGACCUCCAGCAAACCGGCGUCAGUGAAGAUAGUGGCGGCCCCUGGAUGGAAGGAACUGCGAGGGGCCAUUGGUAUUAGAACAAACUGA